CUUAAGAAAACUUCGGCCACGAGAACAAUCUAGGUCCCUUCGAAAUCUCGCCUCGCCUCGCCUCCCCUCCCCUCCCCUCCUCCGCCGCCUUUCUACCCCACUUUCCAGGCGCCGGCUUGUCAGAUCCGGGCGCCAGCUUCAGCCACGAUAUUCAACUACUGGGUGUGUUAAAUUCUCGAGGAUGAUGAAUCGUCAGUUUGCGAAUAUGAUAGUACACAAUUACCCCAAGGGAGUUUAUUCCCUGCGCCGUAUCAACCUCAUGGAGCAUCUCUUCUACCCUUCAACAGAAGCUGCCCAAAAAGCAGAAGCCAAUAAGAAGGGAUGGUUAUCCACCAUGUUGAAAGGGAGCCCCAAGCAGCGUCUGCCCAAGACGAACAUCAACUUCUCAUCACUGCCUAACAUGGCCGAUUUAACGGCCAGACAUUUCUUCUCCCUGCUGAAAGGGCAGGGGGAGGGCUCUGUCAUGUUCGUCAGCCCUAACGUCCACACGAUGAUGUACGACACUAGCACGGACUUUGUCUUUGGCAUGCCCCAAGCCAACUUCUGUAAGCAGAGCGACUCAAUCUCCCUGUCCAUCACUCGGCGGGGCUAUGGCCAAGAAUACCACGAGCUGUAUGUCAUAGGCAAAGGAGAGGACGGUGGCUUGUUUGAGGUCUUGAAAUAUACCAGGACAACUGAUCUGAGCAAACCGCCUUGGUACUGGCGACCUCUGCCCUGCCCGCCAUUGUUUCCGCAGUGCUUGCCUGGCGGCAACAGCAAAGUUUGUGCUCCCUCUGCAGCGGUCGUGUUGGAUGCCACCACAAUAUGUGCCUCAUCCGUGGAUGCCGGAGCCUGCGCCUUCUUUGACACGGUAACCCGCGAGUGGAGACAGGCUGGCAGCUGGGUGCUGCCCGUCCAUGGUGCGGCAGAGUAUGUCCCUGAGUUUGGCCUCUGGUUUGGCCUCGACGAUGCCAUUGGCAACCCCAACCAUUGCCUGCGUGCUUUUGACUUCGAUUCCUCCAGGCAACCGGUGGUGCGGCACUCCUGGAGCUAUCUCAGCCGCCUGCCGGAUGAGUGCUUGCCACGGCAGAGGCACCUGCUAAACAUGGGCUCAGGUUUGCUGAAGAGUGAUGACGAGGAGGCAAUGUGGCGUGGGGCAAUGAUGCUCAGGGAGAAUGCGAAGAACAUGAUGUGUAUCUGUGCUGCUGCUCAAGAUGAUGGUGCGAUGGACUGAAGCUUGCACUGAUGUAUUUCCGUUAUUCAUUAAUGAAAAGGGGCGAUGUGUGGUUAAAAAAAAGUAUUAACAUUGCUGAUGUAAGGAUGGUCGGCACAUCUGCGGGUGAAACGUGACUAAUAUA